CUUAGGAUAUUCAGACUUGACUCAUUGUAGUAUACACAAAUCACCUAACUUACAAAAUCAUGAAACUACAAACUUUCUUCUACGCUUUCAUCAUCAUCAUCGUAUCAUUGGCGUCAACAAAUUCAAUGGUGACUUCAUCACAUCAAUAUUUCUGUGGCAGAAGAAUACCAGAAACUCUGGCGUUGUUUUGUCCAUUUGAGGAGCAUUUGAAAAGGUCUCUUAAUGGUUUUACGGAUAACAUCGAGCGACAUGACUGGCCCUGGCCGGCUGUUCCGAAGACCAAAGCUUUGGAAGGGAUGAGGAGCAAGAGGCAAGGAGUGGCCGCAGAAUGUUGUGAUCAGCCGUGUGCAUUAUCCGAAUUGCUGAGUUACUGUUAAGAUACAUAAUAAGAAUAUUUCUUUUGAAGCACUUCCGCUGUUUCGUAUUUCGGAAUAGACAAAAAGACUUAUAAUUUAUAUUGAAUUUGAAUAAAGUUGUGGCAUAUUUUCAUUGA